UCCUCUUUUUCCUAUUAUAUAUAUAGUAUAGCAGAGAUCAGAGAAGAUGGAUAACUGAAAGCCUGAAAGUGUUACAGAUACACAGUUGACAGUUCUUCCCACUCAUCCACCCCUCACUCAUGGCUUCUUCUUCCCCGCAGUGCCCGCCGUUCUCCUUCGCCAGCAAGUACUACCAUGUCUCCGAUGGAGGUAGCUGCAUGCGCCAGAGUAGUUUCUUUGAGGGCAAAGCCGUUCUCAAUCAAGGAGUUGGCUACUCUGUUAUUCUGGGCUUUGGGGCUUUCUUUGCCGUCUUCACCUCUUUCCUGGUAUGGCUUGAGAAGCGAUAUGUGGGUUCUCGCCACACAUCUGAAUGGUUCAACACUGCGGGCAGAAAUGUUAAGACAGGACUGAUUGCUAGUGUGAUUGUGUCCCAGUGGACUUGGGCUGCCACAAUCUUACAGAGUUCAAAUGUUGCCUGGGAGUAUGGCAUUAGCGGGCCAUUUUGGUAUGCAAGCGGGGCCACCAUCCAGGUACUCUUGUUUGGUGUCAUGGCUAUAGAGAUCAAGAGAAAAGCUCCUCAUGCUCAUACUGUUUGUGAAAUUGUAAGAGCUCGAUGGGGGACUGCUGCUCAUGUUGUCUUCCUCUGUUUCUGCUUCUUGACAAACAUUAUUGUCACUGCUAUGCUUCUUCUUGGUGGUUCUGCUGUGGUAAAUGCACUUACUGGGGUCAACAUUUAUGCUGCAAGCUUUCUAAUUCCUCUUGGUGUGAUAGUAUACACAUUAGCUGGAGGACUAAAAGCUACUUUCUUGGCCAGUUACAUACAUUCUGUUAUAGUGCAUGUGGUUUUGGUAAUCUUUGUCUACCUUGUAUACACUUCUAGUAGUGAUCUUGGUAGUCCACGCAUUGUAUAUAAUCGUCUCUUGGAAGUUGCUAGCAAAUCAAGAAUAUGUCAGGAACCACUUUCUCAUAAUGGACAAGCUUGUGGACCUGUUAGUGGAAACCACAAGGGCUCCUACUUAACUAUGUUGAGCUCUGGUGGCCUUGUUUUUGGAAUUAUCAAUAUUGUUGGAAACUUUGGCACAGUUUUUGUUGAUAAUGGAUAUUGGGUUAGUGCCAUAGCAGCACGACCUUCAUCAACUCACAAAGGCUACUUGUUGGGUGGGCUGGUUUGGUUUGCCGUGCCUUUCUCGUUGGCAACAUCACUGGGUAUAGGAGCUCUAGCUCUUGAUCUACCAAUAACAGCAAGUGAGGCCAGCCAUGGACUUGUUCCUCCUGCUACUGCUAUAGCUUUGAUGGGAAAAGCAGGAUCUGUCCUGCUUCUCACAAUGCUUUUUAUGGCUGUGACAUCUGCCGGUUCUGCUGAGCUAAUAGCUGUUUCUUCCUUAUGCACAUAUGACAUAUAUCGUACGUACAUAAACCCAAAUGCAACUGGGAAACAAAUCCUAAAAUUUUCAAGGGGGGUCAUCCUAGGAUUUGGAUGUUUCAUGGGAGUUCUAGCAGUGGUUCUGAACAAAGCAGGAGUUUCACUGGGUUGGAUGUAUCUAGCCAUGGGAGUAUUUAUUGGUUCAGCAGUUCUUCCUAUUGCUUUUAUGCUUCUAUGGGAGAAGGCUAACUCAAAAGGUGCUAUUAUUGGAACCAUUGUUGGCUGCAUUGUCGGAGUUAUAACAUGGUUAUCGGUCACCAGCAUUCAGUAUGGUCGGGUUAAUCUGGACACAACAGGCCGAAAUGCACCAAUGCUUGCAGGAAACCUGGUGUCUAUACUGACUGGUGGAGCUAUUCAUGCAAUAUUUAGUUUCUUAUGGCCCCAAAACUAUGAUUGGGAGACCACUAAGCAGAUAACCAUGGUUGAAAAGGACAAGAGUGAGUUACCAGAUGAAGAGUUUAAAGAGGAAAAGCUAUUAAGAGAUAAAGCUUGGAUAGUGAGAUGGGGUGUUGGUUUUACUGUCGUGAUUGUGAUACUAUGGCCUAUUCUCUCACUUCCAGCAGGAGAGUUCAAUUUGAAGUACUUCACAUUUUGGGCAGUUAUUGCCAUUGUAUGGGGUACCAUUGCAUCUGCUGUGAUUAUUGCUUUACCACUUUAUGAAAGCUGGGAGACAAUCCAAAAUGUCAUUCUUGGCAUGUUUACAAAUGACAAUCUCAUUAAAAAGAUUGAAGACAUGAAUGUCAAAAUGCAUGCAAUCCUGUUGGCGAUACCAGAGGCUGAGCAAAUGUAUUUGUUGGAGAAAGAGAAGAACAAGAAACAUGAUGCUUUAGAACAACAAAUUCAUUGUGUUUCAGCAUAAAAAUCAGCUCAUAAGAACUGUUGCAAUUACCCUCUUGUAAUUGUUUGUGGUAAUUUAGCUUUUAAAGUGGUAAAUGUAAAUGGUUUGAUUACUUAUGGUGCAUACUUUUGCUGUAACACCUUGCAGGCCUUAUCUUACUGAAUCAAAAGGCCAAUAUGUUUUGUCGUUUAUAUGUGGUCAUUGCUCUUGUCCUUGGUCUGUCCAGAGAUAAAAUGACACUGUUACAUGCUAAU